GAUUACUAGGUCAUAGAGCUUCUGGAGAGGAUUGAGUUGAUGGUAAAAGCGAUAUUCAGGGAGUGAAGUCAGGCGAGGUGCAUAUGUGACAGCCGAAAGUUGGACACUGACAUGACAGUGCCAGUGUUGCCAUUGUUAAUAAAAGUUGUUCUUUAUAAUGUUGACAUAAACAUGUAUAAUAUGUGUGUAUGCUACAUUGUACAAUCAAAUAUCACAUUAAUUUCUACAUAUCCAUUAUAAACAUGAAUUGCCGCAAAGUUGGUUCCUGUUUCAGUCAGGUCUUUGGUCACUUUCGUGUGGGUCAAACACAAACACCCUAAUGAUUAGUUGACAAAGGAGCCUCCCACAAUGCAGACGAUCGCUGCAAGAUAAAGUUGGUGAAGCUUGCAGAAUCUUGCAGUCGACUACAGUCAAAACUUCAUGACCUUUGGUCACAUGAUUUUAGUCAAGUUCAUGCAGUCCACAUGUAGGCGCAAGUCAGACAAUUUGUAUCCCCAUAAUGCAACAAACUUUGAAAGGCGGGACCAACGAUGGACACCAACUUGACAAAAGUGAUCCGCUCGAAUGUGCCCAAUGCAUUCAAUGGCUGAAACACAACCUUGUUUUUCAUGUUAGUGAGCCACCUAGUGGACACAUUCCUCUUCAUGAAGGUUUUAGAUUUCAUAAAUUACUGCCUGCGGCUUGGCUGGUGUAGACCAAAUACACCCUCCUUGAACAUGCACGUGUGACUACCAUCUAAAACACAAUGCAAGACUAUCUACUGGGUUUAAUAGUAAUAUAUUGGCCUACACAGCCUGAUAAUAACAGUUGCAUUGUUGGGGAGUUCAGUAGACCUACAUGUCUGACCAAAGCCUGAAUAGGGGCAUUAUAUUUUCAUAGACCUGUAAUUGUCUGAGAUGUGGGAUGAUAUUUUGACUACUAAAAGUUAGGUAGUGGCACUGACUAUUGUUAAGAUCUUAAUUUGCCAUUUAAAUGUGCUGCAUAUUUUGCUGUAGGCUUACUGAAUUCUUUUCAUUGUCUUUAAUGAAUUGCCUCUAUGUAGCCUACUAUGUAUGCAUUUAGAAUAAAAUAGAAGGUUCUAAUCUAUAAUAAUAUAAUCUAGUCUGCUAAAUGACUUAAAUGUAAUGUAAAUGUAAUCUAAGGAGACACAUAGGACCAUUAUAAUGUGACCACAAAAGAUAGCCAGGUGGAAAAAUAACAUUCCUCCAUUGUAAAUUCUAGGGGUAGGCUGGGCCUACAAAUUGUGCCUGGGUGUUACACUGGAUUUGCACAAUGGGCUAAUACGGGAAGAUUAUUUAAUUCGAUACAUUUGUGGUUUUCAGAGCAAUAUGCCAGGCGGUAAAAAUGCUCAGUGGGUAGGCUCGUCUAGUCAGGGUCAGACUGUGUCUUAGGCCAAGUCACGGUGGCGACGAAUGUCAUUAAUUAUAAAGGGAGAGUGUCCGGAUAGGAGGGACAGACCGUUAAACAGACAGCCGUCAGUGCCGCAGAGACCACAGACGCAGGCCGAGAAGCAGGCCGCCCUCGCCAAAUAGUCUACAAAGAGGGUUCAAUGGGGAAGGGGAGGAGGAUGACAGAAACACUAAUCCAAUUCCCUUUCGUUACCGCAUAGUAGCUUAUCUCCUCCCCCGGCUGUUUCUCUGGGUCAGUCAAAACAAUGAAUUGAUGGACUACAUUUACGAUAUCAAAUAGUCUCAAUUCACGGCGAAGAUAUAAAUAAAUAAUUUAACAAUGCGGUGUUCCGCCCGGCUGUCAAAGGGACGACUGCGCAUCUUUGUGGCUGUAUGCCGGAAAAGGCUAUGUUGAUGUCCCGACUGGGAGACGUAGCCUAUUGCACAACAUAUUUUAUCAUUUUGUAAACCACUAUCAAAUAUAAUCGAUUCAUACAUGAUGACCAGUUGGCAGUGAAGUUAUCCUCCUUUCCUCUGACCACAGAUUCCUCUUCUUCAUCAUCUUCCUCCUCUCCUCAGAGUUACCAGCCACCCCUGGCUCCAUAUCCGUACUUUUGGGGGCUUCACACCCGCUCUCUACCCAGUGAGGUCUCCCCCUCUUCUGCUGCCCCUGCCAGCCCACCUCCUGCCCCAUCUCCUUCACAGACCCCCAGUCCUCCCUCUCCCCUGACUUCCCCCACCCCUCCCUGUUCUCCCAGACAGGCCUGCACCUCCCCAACACCUCCACAUCGCCCUCCAGUCAGACCCACCCUCCCCGCUCUAUCAUGGCCUCUCCCAAACUGGGCGUGUCAGCCACCACUACCACUUCCUCAUCCUCAUCCUCUUCCUCAGCCUCCCUCUGCCCCCCGCCCCACCCUGGUAGCCCCAGCCCUGUGCCCGAGGGCCCUCCCAGCCCUGUGACACCCUCCCCCAGCCCGGGUGCUACCUCUGCAGCCCCGCCCCGUGCCCACCUGAGCAUUGCGGUGAUCCUGGAUGAGCUGCGAGUGCUGCAGCAGAGGCAGAUCCACCAGAUGCAGAUGACGGAGGAGAUCUGCAGGCAGGUGCUGCGGCUGGGCGGGGCCUCCUGUGGCCUGGAGGCACCCCAGAUCCUCCUGCCUCCUUUUCCCCAGCUCUGUCUGGAGGGCAGUGAGAGGGCCUCCAGUCCUCCCCAGCCUAUACCCAUCCAGCCUCCCAGCUCUGUAGCUCCUCUCCUGGCCUGCUUCUCCUCCCUGCUCCCUCCCCAGCCUGCCUCCAAGCCCUCCAAGCCCAGCCACCCCCUGUCCCAUGUCCUGCGGCCACACAAGACCCAGAUGGAGGGUGCAGGAGGGGCUACAGGGUCUUAUCUUUACCCUGUGACCAGUGUCCGCCCUUCCUCCUCGUCUUCUUCCUCCUCUGCCUCCUCAGCCAUCUCUACCAUGGCCUCGUCCAACUACCCCCUGGCCCUCUCCCUGGCCUUGCCUACCCGUUACCUCCAUGAGAAAUCCCCCAACACCACCUCAGCCAGCGGCCACGGUGGCCUGUCCUUCCUCACCCCACCCCUGCCCACCACUGCCUCUAUGGCACCCCCCUCCUUUCAGGAGCCCCACCUGUCUGUCUCCUCAUCAGGGUCCUCGUCCUCCUCCCUGGGGCGUCUCCAGCAUGCCUGUCGGUUCUGUGGGAAGCUGUUCAGCAGUGACUCAUCCCUGCAAAUCCACCUGCGCUCCCACACGGGCGAGAGACCCUACCAGUGCCCUGUCUGCCUCAGCCGCUUCACCACCCGCGGCAACCUCAAGGUGCAUUUCCUCCGCCACCGCGAGCAGAACCCAGAGCUCUCGCUCUCCCUUCUCCCCCCUUCCCUGUUUGGGCCGGGCAUGGGACCAGCGGGGGGUUCUGAGCCCCAGGGUCAGCCCAUGAGCAGCAUUGGACUGAGUAUCAGUGCAGCACAGGCUCAGAGACGUCGUAAACGGCGGGCUGAGGAUGACCCGUAUGGAGACGGUAUGGAGCUGGGAGGUGCCGGAGGGGGCUUCUCUCUGGGGGCAUCCACCAGUGCUCCCCCCACCUCUCUCCCCCUUCCCCCCAGUGUGGACCUGGCCCUCAUCUCCACCGCCCACUCCCUCCUGCGGCUCAACCAAGCUGCUGCUGCAGCCGCUGCUGCAUCCAUAUCCUCAGCUGCUUCCUCACUCACAUCCUCCUCUUCCUCCUCUGCGUCCUCCUCCCUCCUCUCUGUCCCAUCCUCGUCCACCUCUGCCAUCGCUGGGUUCUUCAAAGGGGCAAAGCAGCAACGCUUUGAUGAGAACACGCCCCCUCACCCUCCCAUGAUGUCGCACUCUGCUUACUCCCAGUUGGCCCAUCUCCCUAAACUCCUCUUCCCCUCUGGCUCCCCCCACCAACACCCUGCCCUGGGCCUGCUCCGCCCUCCACCCCCUGCCCAAGGCUCCUCCCACCUCUCCUCCACCCACUCUCAGCUCUCCUUCCCCUUCUCCCACUACCCCAAAGCCCACGCCUCCACCUCCUCCCCCUCCGCCUCUACCCCCACCUCAGACACCUCCAAGCUGCAGCGGCUGGUGGAGAAGCUGGAGAAGGAGCCUCCCACCUCCUCUCCCUGGGCCUCCUCCUCAGGGGAGACCUCCCACAGCAGCAUGGCCUCUACUGGGUUGUUCAGUAGCGGCCUCAUGGGCGCCAGCACCUCCAGCACUUAUGUGAUGGCAACCCCACCGUCCUCCACCCAUGCCCCCACCUCUGUCUCCAACUUCACCAGGGAGAUGGUGGCCGCUCUGGGCAUGAGUGCAAAUGGGGGCAGCGCCUUGGCAGGAGCCAUGCUCCCAGGCCUUGGCAUCAUGAGCACUGGCUCCCUGGCCUCCAACCAGUGUGGGGUGUGUCUGCGUGUGCUGAGCUGCCCCAGGGCACUGCGUCUGCACCAGGCCACCCACCUGGGCGAGCGCCCCUUCCCCUGUAAACUGUGUGGACGCUCCUUCUCCACCAAGGGCAGCCUGCGGUCCCACCUGGCAACACACCGUGCCCGUCCGCCGAACUCUCGUGCCCAGAACUCUUGCCCACUGUGCCAGCGCAAGUUCACAAAUGCCCUGGUGCUGCAGCACCACAUUCGCAUGCACCUGGGAGGGCAGCUACCACCGGAGGGCGGUGCAGAGUCUCUGUCAGAGGCCUCAGCAGAGUCUGACACUAUCUCUGAGCUCCAGACCCAUUCCCUGGCACUGUCUCAGUCCCAGCCACAGUCCAAUGACACCCCCAAGGUCUCCACUGAGAGCUCCACUGCAGCCUCAGGCAGCCAGUCAAAGAGCUCAGCAGCAUCCACACACUUUCAAACCCUAGUGGGAGGCUCUGACCCAGUAUCGGUCAGUGUGACAUCACCAAAGUGUGUCUGGGAGCCUAACAGAUCUCACUCCUCCAGCCCUGACCUGAUCCCUCCCUCUGACCUCACCCCUGACUCCUUCCUAAACUCCACCUCACGGACCCCUCCGCCCGGCAGCGCAGACCCCCCAGUCCUGUUUGUCAGUGUGCCUUCCCCACCCCCUCCUCUAGGUGAUACAGGCUCCCCAGUCAACGAUGACAACCAUGCUGAACACCUUGAUUCAACCAUUAGUACCAUUGGCCCUGCUCCCACUUCCUCCAGUGUUACCAAAACCACCCCCUUGGCCAGUCUAAUGAUGUCAGACUGUCUUUUGGGUCAGCAUGCCCUUCCUCUCAAUGUCUUCCUCCCCGGCCCUAGAUCAAAUCUGGAGGAUCUACUGAGCACACCAACCCUCUGUGCCCCGGUAGCGCACCCAAGCCCAGCCCCCUCCUUUACCCCUGUAGUUAGUCCAGAGCACCCCAAACCCCACCCAGCACCCAAACCAAACUUAGAGCACCCCCCUAAACUACAAACCCCCAAGCCCACAGAGGAAUACAGGGUUGAAACCCCCCCACCUGCAGCACCAAAGCAUGACCAAGCUCUUGUAUCUGAUACGGACCCGAGAAUGGCACCACCAUCAGAGAGCACAGACACAAGCGAUGCUGAGGCUAGGAAAGUUCCUCAGAAAGAUGUACCCUACACCAGGAUGAGUCAGGGGGCGUACCUCGGUUCCCAUGGGAAGGAGGAUGGGAUGAGUGGUGUCAGUGACCAACUGGAAAGCACUUUUCCCAUCAGUUUGGCUACCACUCUCCCCUCUCCCCUGUCUCGCCCUGAGAAGAAGACCUACAGCUGUGCCGAGUGUGGGAAAGAGUAUGCCAGCCGCAGUGGACUGAAGGGACACAUGAAGCAUCAUGGAGGGGUUGUCAUGGCACCACGUCCCCCUGUACGGAGCGGUCGCUCGGCCUCUGAGCGACUUCCUGCUAACACACCAACAACGUCCUCCAACCCCCCGGCCACCAGAAGCAAUGUGGGCUUCUGGAACCAGUACCAAGCCUUCCUCAACACCAGCAACGACUCGGCAGACGACCCAGCACAAGGCCCGGCCAGUGGUAGCCAAGGAGAGGAUGGGGAGAUGCCCCGAUUGGCUAAAUCUCCCGUUAGAUCCCAGCUGACGAAAGAACCAACCACUGGAAGGGGUUCAGAAGAUGGGUCUGACGAAGGGUCUACUCUAGAGUCAAUGUAAUUGAUGCUAUCAAUGGACAUUCACUGUACCUUUGAGUCAAAUCGUAGGGACUUUUGUAUUGCUUCCAAAUUCAGUUGAGUAGUCUGUCGGGUUUGUUGUCUGUGAGUAAGUUGCUUAGUUCAUUUGUGAUAACUGUAAGUUGGCCAUCCUGGCCUUUUCUUUUAAAAGAGGAAAAAGUUGAAGGAUGAAAAAAACAUGACAUAACUACAGGAUUGGAAGAUUGAGGUCAGAAGUCACUCUUAAGACAAUAAGAGUUGGAGCUGGGCUCUAAAAUGAGAGCUCUGUUAGGCAAAGAGCUCUACUCUAGAUUUAGGGCUAAUUUUCCUGAACAGUCUGACUCACUGUUUAUGUGAUAGAUAUCAACUCAGAUAAAGACAUGUAUUAGAAAAGGAGGCAAGGUAGAGAGGAUGUGAUAUUGUUCUCACAUAAACAAUUCCUUCAUUCAAACAUAAAAGGGAAAAGGAGGUGAAACAGAAUGAUAAGGGUCACUAAACUAAACUUGACAUGGUAGCUUCAAUCCUGGCAGUCUAUGGAGAUGCAGUCUCUCAUCCUACUACUGUAUAAAACCUCAUCUUUCAUGUCAUCUGGGUUUACUUUUGAACUUGUGAAUACUCCAGACUCUUCCUCCAGCUGAUUUACAGAGAAGCACAGAGGAGUGGGUGUUGUGGUGUGCCAGGUGGAGAAAGAAAUGGACAGUUUCCUGUGUGACCCAUUUUCCUUUGGAUCUUUUGAAUAAGCUGAUUGUCGUUUGGUCUCACAGUGAUGUCCGUUCUCUGUAACUCGUUGUCUUUGGUUAAUGUUGUAUCUUUAUAAGAAAAACAAAACAAUCAGAGGUCCAUGUCUGAUAUUGUUGUGAGUUGUACUUUCAGUGUAUUCCUGUGAAAUAAGAGGGAUAAAAAAAGACAAAAAAGCUUU